AGUAUGGCAUAUCUUUUGGUAGGUUCAUUUGAAAAGGGCCAAAGAUGUUUUAAGAACUGUUGAAUUGACGAUUAUUUUAAUAUGAAGUUAUAAAGCUAGUUCAUAUCAAUUAAUGCAUACUUUAAAAUAUACUCAAAAAAUGAUUUGGCCCAUUACAAAAAUGCAGACAUUCUUCAGUAGCAUAAAAGGAAUGAAUGACCCUCCUGGAACAUCAGUUUCAAGAUAGCCAAUGAUCUGUUGACAUGAUUUUCAAAGUUUGUAUAAUUUUUGUUGUAUUUCCACUGGUAUUCUGUACAACGAACGUUCCCGAUGCAACUCAGUUGGAUAAACUAGUAGAAUCAUCGACAGCUUUCUAUGAAGUGGGUUCAUCUACCGAGUUUUACAACGAAACAGAAGUGGAACUACGUGAAGCUGAAGCUAGAAGAGUUGGAAUCGAUGUGGAAGCCCUGUCGGCAUUAGCUUAUGGCAGCCCAACUCCGGUCAACAAAACAUUCCAUCUUCGCUAUCGAAGGGCGACUUUCUGGCAGGCUGCUCAGUACUGUAUAGACGAGGACAAACGGCUGGCUUCUAUAGACAGUGAAAAGCAGUCGGAUCAACUAUUGCUACAAUUAAAAUAUUCCAGUGAUGGAUUCUACAUGGCUGGCACUGACUUGGGUCGUGAAGGUAGCUGGAUUUGGAUUAACUCUAAUAGGCGAAUCUUGCAACCGAACUGGGCCGUAGGUCAACCGGAUAACGUUGGAAACGUCGAAAAUUGUUUGCAAAUCAACGGGGCGGGAUCCGCUACCUGGAAUGACGUGGACUGUAAUAUGAUAAAUUUCUACAUUUGUGAAGAUAAUCCGAAACUGCCCCCACUCUAUCAAUGAGGGAUGAAAAACUUAAAUAAAUUCUUAGUGCACCUUA